AUGGUUCGGGUUAGAAGGAACCAUAAAGAUCACCCAGUUCCAAGCCCCCUGCAAUGGGCAGGGACACCUUCCACUGGAUCGGGUUGCUCAAAGCGUUAUCCAACCAACACCUCCAGGGAUGGGGAAGCCGCGACUUCCCUGGGCAACGUCUCCCAGUGCCUCACCACCCUCACAACGGUGCAGUCUGGCGGCGGUGCCCCUGUGCGCGCGCGGCCCGCACCCCCCCCGCGUUGCCCGGGGAGCGACGGCGCCGCGACCAUGAGCAAGAGGCGGCUGCAGCAGCUGGGGGACGCGCUGGGCCGAUCCGCCAGGCACUUUAACAGAAGUGAAGUGGAGUGCCUGAUCAAGCUCUUCGACUCGCUGGUGGCCAAAUCCAGGGUCUGCUCUGCUGCAGUUGGCUUUGACCGAAACAUGUUCCGGGAUGUCUUGCACUGCACCUUUGGCAUGACGGAUGACAUCCUCAUGGACAGAGUGUUCUGCAUUUUUGAUAGAGACAAUGAUAACUGCAUCAAUGUGAUGGAAUGGGUGGAAGGUUUGUCAAUAUUUCUUCGGGGGACACUGGAAGAAAAGAUUAAAUACUGUUUUGAGGUUUACGACCUGAAUCGGGAUGGAUACAUUUCAAGAGAGGAAAUGUUUCAAUUGCUGAAAAACAGCCUUCUCAAACAACCAUCAGAAGAAGAUCCUAAUGAAGGAGUGAAAGACUUGGUAGACAUAGUAAUGAAGAAAAUGGACUAUGAUCAUGAUGGCAGGCUUUCUUUUAUGGACUUUGAAAAAGCAGUCAGAGAUGAAAAUCUUCUCUUGGAAGCCUUUGGACCAUGUUUGCCAGACAUAAAGAGCAGUAUGGCAUUUGAAGAGAAAACAUUCCAGGAAACUCGUAAACUGUAACUCCAAGUGGAAUACUGUUGUAAGACGUUUCUUUCUUCACCAUUUGUUAUAGUAUAGUACAAAUAGGAGCAACUCAAAACUAUUAC